GAGUGCUGCUGGGGAGAGAUGUGCUAACACAUCCUUACAGGGAACCAGCACCGGCACACAGUGAGCUCGGCGGACACCCGGACCAUGUGCAGCUAGAGGGCUCACACCGUGUGCCCGGGGACUGGCGGCCAUGGCGCUGGGAGCACGGCCGGAGCUGGUCGGGAAGCGCUUCGUGUGUGUGGUCCGAGGGGGAGAGGAGCUGCCGGAGCUCGGGGAGAUCGGCCGCUGGGGCUGGAGAGCCGGUGUCAUCCGAGCGGUGUCUCACCGGGACAGCCACAACCCGGAGCUGGCGGUCUAUGUGGAAUUUGAUGAUCUAGAGUGGGAUAAACGAGAAUGGGUGAAGGUAUAUGAAGAUUUUACAGCUUUUUUUGUCGAGUUCCAGCUGGUCUGGGCUAAGAGAAAAGACCCUAGCCAGUCUCAGGGAUCAAAAGUCAAGCAUGUCCAGUGGCCCGCAUUGGCUUUCAAGGCCCUGGUUGGAAAAGGCGCGUACAGAUCCAUCACUGCAAUAGAGUUUUUGGUGGAGAGACACUUGGAGUUUGCAACUGAAGAUGGUGCCUUUCAACCCUAUCAGGAUGAAGUAGACAGUCUUAACCCAGUUCUCAGGGACAACCCCCAACUUCACGAGGAGGUGAAAGCCUGGGUUAAAGAACACAAGGUUCAGGAGAUUUUUAUGCAAGGUCCUUAUUCCUUAAACGGCUAUAGAGUGAGGGUGUACAGACAGGACUCUGCCACCCAGUGGUUCACUGGUAUAAUUACUCACCAUGACCUCUUCACCCGCACUAUGAUUGUUAUGAAUGACCAGGUACUAGAGCCACAGAAUGUUGACCCUUCUAUGGUUCAGAUGACCUUUCUAGAUGAUGUUGUUUACUCUUUAUUGAAAGGUGAAAAUAUUGGAAUCACAUCUCGUCGUAGAUCUCGUUUAAAUCAGAAUAGCAACACAAUUCAUGGUCAUUACACACGUGCACAAGCUAAUAGUCCCAGACCAGCGAUGAACUCUCAAACCUUUACAUCAAAACAGAGUCAGCACCACCGAAAUGUCCGCUUAAACAAGAGAAAAGGAUCAGACAGCAGCAUGCCAGAUGAAGACCGCAUUAAAGAAGAAAGAUAUGAUGGUACUGGUAGGCCAGAAAAUCUAAAAAGGAACAAACAUUUUCACAGCAAAAGAAGGAAACCCGAAGAGGAUGAAAAGAAAUUAAUUCUGAAAAGGCUGCGUCCAGACAACAUUUCUGAUUACUCGGAGAGCAGCGACUCAGAAAAUUCAAAUAAAAGGAUAAUAGAUUCUUCCUCUGAGCAAAAUUCCGAGAAUGAGUUGAAAACCAAGAACACUUCAAAGAUAAAUGGAGACGAAGGAAAAGCCCAAAGUAGCGAGGGGGCUGAGGAACAGACACUAAUAGAUAGGCAUUCUCCCUGGGAUGAAAUACAGGAAGAUAAAAAGCAUCAAGAGGCAGAGAGAAUGAAGUCAGCUGACGUACAGCUGCAAGAAGAAAAACCUCAGUUCCUUCUAUCUGAACAGACAGCACUUUAUGACCAGAAUUCCAAUAAACCAAAUGUUCAAGAUAAAUUGGGGGAGAAGUGCAACACUAUGGGAUUGUUACAGAACGAGCAGAUUACCAAGCCUCCCACGCCAAAAAAUUUAGUGGUCUUAAGCAAGGAGAGCAAUCCCAACAAAUCACCGCAAGACAACAAUUCAAAUAGAUUUAGCUUGCAGUCUGCUACCAAAAUGGAUGUACAAAGUAUUGAUACAAAACCUUCAUUUGCAAAUUUUUCUGAUUCAAAGAAGCAGAGUUCGGAGCAUAAUUGGAAUGACAAUGUCAACCAUAAAGCAGAUUUGGCACUUUCUGGGACGUUAAAGCUACCCCAGUCUAUAAAGGAGACUCAUGACCGAGAUAAAAUACACCACACCUCUAUCAUCGGUAGCACUUCCUUAACAGAUGAGCAGAAGAGGCUUCAGAAACAGACUUUGGAUGCGCUUAAGGCCAAACCCCAUAUAUCGGAAAUGUCUAGUAAAAUUAAGUUCAACUCUUCGCCCGAUGUUUUAAAGUCUCGCUCUGUACAUUCUCCGGAUACAGUAAAACACAAGUUGAAUUACCAUAAUAGUCAAGGCUCCGCAAGAGCCGCAAGCAAACUGGAUUGUGAUACACAUAGGUCCAGCUUUCACCCAGUGGCUGCUAGAGUGAGUACUAUAGAGUCUACAAAAAGUCCUCUUAUUAUAGACAAGAAUGAACAAUUCACAGUUUACAGGGACCCAGCACUUGUUGGACCAGAGACUGCACCGAAUCACAUAUCGCCCUAUUUGCACCAGCACAGUUUCCCCAUUCACUCUCCAGCUCACAGAACAUGUUUACCUCCAAACAGCCAUCACUCGGCACUAACAGCCAAUGCUCAUUUGUUGACGUCCUCAGCAAACCAAACGCCUAUGUCCGCUAUGAGCGCUCACCAACUUGGAAGCACCUCGCACCAUUCGGUCCACCACCCUCACUUGCUUCCGACGGUGUUACCUGGUAUGCCUCCAGCUUCUUUGAUAGGUGGUCAUCCGCAGCUGGAGACCGCACAUGCCAGCAGCCUUAGCCACCUGGCACUUGCACAUCAGCAACAGCAGCAAAUGUUACAGCACCAACCACCUCAUCUCGUGAGCCAAGCUCACCCUCCAGGUCCUUACAACCCUUUGGGACUCUAUCCAAUUAUCUGGCAGUAUCCAAAUGGAAGCCAUGCCUAUUCAAGUCUUGGCCUGCCAUCCUCAAAAUGGGUGCAUCCGGAAAACCACGUCAAUGCAGAGGCUACAAUUAGAAGGAACACAGCCAGUCCAUGGUUACACCAGCCUACUCCUGUAACUUCAGCAGAUGGUCUAAUAAUGGGUCAUCUUCCAGUAAGGCCGUCCAGCGCAGAUCCUCAUCGACCACUUAAGCUCGCAACACAUUCAAGUCCACCAUUGUCUAAACCAACAACGGACCACCAUAAAGAGGAUAUUGAGAAGAAAACGUACAGUGAACCAUUGCGCUCCAUUUCUUCAGCACCUUUAAAGGCUGAGCAUGAACAUAGCCGAACACAUACAGGAAAAGAGAGCCAUAUACAUAGAAAUUAUAUGGAGCCUGUUUUGAGCCACGCUAAGCUACAAAGGCCAGCACUGGAAACUGGGGAAAGAAACAACAAAUACAAAGAAGAACAUAGGCGAAUACACCAGGAGAACAUUGAAACUUCUUAUUCAGUUAAAAUGAAAGCACAUGAAAAUGAACGAGACGGCUACACGAGAGCAACUCCUAUGGUGCCUUGCAGCCCGCAGGGUCAUACGGUGAAACAGGAGAACAAUGUAGAGCGCCCUAUAUCAGAAUUGUACAAAAUUAAGAAUUCCAUAGCUCAAAGUUUGCCUCAAAGUAACUAUUUCACAACAUUGUCAAAUAGUGUAGUGAAUGAUCCUCCGAGAGCAUUUUCUGCUAAGGAACCAGUCAAUUUGUACUCUGAAAAGCAGAAUGCAAGCCCUUCUGUGUCAAAUUCUUCUACGCUUAAUUCUUAUAUCUCUUCAUUGUCCAAGCCGCCACCAUUAAUUAAACACCAGCCUGAGGAAGGAUUGGCCAAUAAAGUAAAUGAGCAGCUUCCACAGCAGGUCACAACGCAUACGAUUACUUCCUUUAGAGGUGAUAGUAGAAGUCCAACCCAGUUGUCCAUUUCAUCUCCCAAUGCACUCCGUAGCAUGCCUGCUCUGCAUCGAGCACCCGUUUUCCAUCCACCAAUUCAUCACAGUCUAGACCGAAAAGACGCCAGUUACAGCAACCUCUCCCCUCCUACGUUAACGCCAGUGCAGCCAGUGAACACAGGGAGCAAAAUCCAGGAACUUCAGAAGCCUCCUACGCUUGUCCCUGAGCCUAAAGAAGGGAGUGCAACAUACAAGAAAGGUGCAGAGAAGAACAUGCAGGAUGUUUGGAAGGCCACUGAGAAGCAAAACCUUAACAAAGUUGCGUGGCUGCCAGAGAAAAAUAAUGUGAAGGCGCAGGCUGCAACAGCAUCUGUCAUUGUACGCCCACCAUCCAGUACAAAGUAUGAGAGCAUGCCAGCAACUCAGUUUCUCUCUAAGGAGCGUGUUGGCGAAAGAUCCUCAGCUGGAACAAAUCAAGCAGAUUGCUUGAAACCUAUGGAAGCCAGAGAGACUGGAAGGAUUGCCCAGCCAAUUAUGAACUCAGACAGCAGUCCUGUGCAUUUUGAGAAGAACUCUCACGCCUCCUCACAUAGCAUUUCCAGUUCUGCUGCACCUGGAACUAAUAUAAUGUGCAGUACAAAAACUGACGUGACCACCUCUGCCCCCACAACCACAAGUGUUUCAAGUUCCAGUGGAUCCGAAGUAACCUAUUCUUUGUCGAACGCUGUUUCGGCCUGUACAGUGAUAGAAAGCACUAGCUCAAGGACUGUGAAUCACGCAGCUGCACAAAUUCAAGAGAGCAAAAUCAACGCUGCCACUCCAGUUAACCUAGUUAGUAGCAAGACUGCAAGUGCCGUUCAACUCAACGCUGCUUAUUCUACUUCUAGUGAUUUUAUCCAUUUAAAAAAGCACAAAGCAGCAUUGGCGGCAGCUCAGAUGAAGAGCUCUGUCAGCGAUACAGAAACAAAUGUUGUAAAAAAUCAGAUCUCUCAAGCCUCAAAUUCUCCAGACAGUAAUGCAUCCUGCAGCUCCACAAACACAACUAGCACUUCAGGCAGUGGGCAAGCUUCCCAGUGCAGCCAGCCGAACUACCACACCAAACUAAAGAAGGCUUGGCUUACUAGACAUUCAGAAGAGGAUAAAAACACUAAUAAACCAGAAAGCGCAGUGGGCACUAUUGUGUCUGAGAUUAUCAAGCCUUGUACUGUGAAUCUGAUAGCUUCAACUUCAAGCGAGCUCCAAAAUAACAUAGACCUCCGAUCGCAGGAUGACAAGUCUCCCGGUCAAGAUAGGCUUACAAGGAAGAGAGUUAAAAGGACUUAUGAAUCUGGCUCGGAAAGCGACGACUCAGAUGAAAGUGAGAGCAAGUCAGGACAAAGACUGAAACGGCAGCCCAAGCCAACAUACAAAAAAAAGCAAAACGAUAUGCAAAGGCGAAAAGGUGACACGGACAAAGAGGAGGAAAUAAAACCCAACGGUAUUCUUAUCAGGAGUGCCAAAGAAAGAACCAAACUGAAGUUACAGAGCAAUAGUAACAGCACUGGCAUACCUCGCUCAGUAUUAAAGGAUUGGCGGAAAGUGAAGAAACUCAAGCAGACUGGAGAAUCCUUUUUACAAGACGAUUCUUGCUGUGAGAUUGGACCAAAUUUACAGAAAUGCAGAGAAUGUCGAUUGAUUCGUACCAAGAAAGGAGAAGAAUCCACUCAUUCGCCAGUAUUUUGCAGAUUCUAUUACUUUAGAAGGUUAUCCUUCAGUAAAAAUGGUGUGGUGAGAAUAGAUGGCUUUUCCUCUCCUGACCAGUAUGAUGAUGAAGCAUUGAGUUUGUGGACACAUGAAAACUAUGAAGAUGAUGAUUUGGACAUAGAAACAAUUAAAUAUAUCUUGGGUUACAUAGGAGAUAAAUUCUGUCAGUUGGUCACAUCCGAGAAGGCAGCAAUGUCAUGGGUGAAAAAAGAUGCAAAAAUAGCCUGGAAGCGAGCUGUCCGAGGUGUUCGCGAGAUGUGCGAUGCCUGUGAAGCCACCUUGUUUAACAUUCACUGGGUCUGCCAGAAAUGUGGAUUUGUGGUCUGUCUAGAUUGUUACAAAGCGAAGGAAAGAAAAAGUUAUCGAGAGAAAGAAUUAUACACUUGGAUGAAAUGUGUCAAAGGACAACCUCACGAUUACAAACACCUUAUGCCCACGCAGAUUAUCCCAAGUUCUGCUCUGACAGAUCUCCUUGAGGCAAUGCAUCUUCUUAGAGACCAAUUCGGUAUUAAAUCUCACUGCCAUUGUGCCAUCAGGCAAAACUCACAGGCUGGCAAGCUCCCGGCGAUGAAUGGCGUUUCCCAGGUCUUACAGAAUGUCCUGAACCACAGUAAUAAGAUAUCGCUGUGUUUGCCUGAGUCCCAGCAGCAGAGCCCAUCUCAAAAGCCUGAAACAAAUGGAAAUGCGAGCCCAGGGAGUGAUACUAGCACGGACAGCAAACUGACAUCAUCAGAAUCCCAGUCAUCACUGCACUGGCUGGCAGACCUAGCCGAACAGAAAUCCAGGGAAGAAAAGAAAGAGAACAAGGAUUGCCCAGUUGGAAAACAUAUCAAGGAAGAGAGAGAGCAAGUCAUUUCAGAAAUUGCAAAUUGUAAAUCAUCACCCCCUCCAUCUCAGAAUGAACAGGGCUCAACCUUACGGGACUUGCUAACCACCACCGCUGGUAAACUGCGCCUGGGCUCAACAGAUGCUGGCAUUGCUUUUGCUCCUGUUUAUUCGGCAGGAAUGCCAAACUGUAAAGGUGGCCGAUCCAUGCCAAACAUCUUGGAUGACAUAAUCGCCUCCGUGGUUGAAAAUAAGAUUCCCGCAGCAAGGCCGCCCAAACCAAAUGUAAAAUCCGAGCCAAAAGAGGAAAUUACAGAGAGCCGCAAGCCAUUUUUGGAGGAGUGUGUCAGAAUGUACAAUGAUAUUCCCCAUUCUUGGAUCUGCGAUCGGCACAUUCUAUGGUUAAAAGAUCACAAACACAGCAGUAACUGGAAGCUCUUCAGAGAAUACUGGAAACAGGGAAAGACCAUUCUUGUAUCUGGGACACAGAAAAGAAUGAACGUCAAUCUUUGGAGAUCAGAGGCAAUAAGUCAUGAGUUUGGGGAUCAUCAAGGAGAUCUACUUAACUGCAAAGAAGGCAUUGUGUCAAGCGGCAAUGUCAAGGAUUUCUGGGAUGGUUUUGAGGAUGUCUCAAAACGACAAAAAUUGAGAAAUGGGGAGACCAUCCUGUUGAAGAUGAAAGACCAGCCGUCUGGGGAAGACUUUAAGAACAUGAUGCCUGCAAGACAUGAAGAUUUCUUUAAACUGCUCCCAGUUCCUGAAUACUGCAAUCCCGAUGGAAAAUUCAACCUUGCAUCACAUAUGCCAUCAUUUUUUGUUCGGCCAGAUUUGGGACCAAGGAUGUGCAGUGCAUAUGGAGUGAUUGCUACAAAAGAUCAAGACACCGGGACAACAAAUCUUCACAUUGAAGUAUCCGAUCUAGUAAAUAUCCUUGUUUAUGUUGGUGCAGCAAAAGGAAAUGGUGUACCCUCUAAAUCAGGGGUUUUAAAAAAAUUUGAAGAAGAAGACUUAGACGAAUGUUUAAGAAAAAGAUUGAAGGAUUCCAGCGAAGUUCCUGGUUCUUUGUGGCAUGUUUAUGAGCAGAAAGAUGCCGACAAAAUAAGGGAAUUUCUGCAUAAGGCUGCAAAAGAGCAAUGUUUAGAAAUCCUCCCUGAUCAUGACCCAAUCCGUGACCAGAACUGGUACCUGAAUAAAAAGCUCAGGCAAAGUCUGUUGGAGGAUUAUGAUGUGAAAAGCUAUACUUUAGUCCAGUUCCUUGGAGAUGCCAUCAUAUUGCCAGCCGGAGCAAUCUAUCAGGUGCAAAAUUUUCACAGCUGUGUCCAAGUGACUCAAGACUUUGUGUCCCCGGAACAUCUUGUUCAGUCGUUUCAUUUAACACAAGAGCUGAGGCAUUCUAAAGAGGAAAUAAAUUAUGAUGAUAAAUUGCAGGUUAAAAACAUCUUGUACCAUUCAGUGAAAGAGAUGGUAAGAGCACUAAAAAUCCACGAAGAAGAGAUGGAAGACAUGGACGAAGCCUAAAUUUGCUGAACUGGGUUCAAAGUUCUCAUACAAGGGAAUACCAACACGCUAACUUAAACAAAGCAUUGCAAAACAUCAGUGCCAAGAAAAUCUACUGUACUAGUGUUUUACUUGUUACUGACACCACAGCAGUAUAACAUUCGCUUUCACAGCUACUGUGAUCGACCCUAGCAGAGCUGGGUAGUCCGCCAGCUUUCUGCAGUGCGUUGCCAGUCCGGCCACCUCUGCAAUCGGUUAAACAUUUACCAUUUGAGUGCCGGAGGUCCAAGCAUUAGCAGUGCUUGACAGCAUCCCGGCAUUCAAAAGGGGGGUUUACGCGUCAAGACGUGCUUACAAUUGUAAAAUAGUGUACAUUGAAAAGUUUGUGAAAAAAAAAAUGUCAAAAGAUUUAAAUGUAUUUAUUUUUUUGAAAAAAAUAACAAAAAUUUGAAAAGUUCUACGCUAUAUUGUUGAUCAAAUGUAAAUGUGACUUGUAUAGUUUGCUAAAAUAAUUUGGAUAUUUUUCACUACAUUGAGACAGUAACUGUGAGGGUAAAACAAAUCACCAGCUAUUGCCUGCAUUCGGGAGCAUUCAUGACAUAAUCUUAAAGAUUACUGCCAAAUAACUGUAAACGUUGUAUAUUCUAAAAUAGAACACGGUAUUAAAGGACAGACACUUCAAUGCUUUGUUGAAGCUUACUCAAUGUAUAAUUAGACAUUUACAAAAAAGAUGUAAUUUAUUUGAAACAAGUUGUCUCAUUUUGGUAAAAUUUAUGUGAAACUUUUGAAGCUAAAUAUUAAACUUAAUAUGCUAUGUAAAUAUAUACAUAUAUACAUUCAAUGAUGUAUUUUUUUAAAACAUUGGCUUGCUUUAAUUUGUUAAAAGGUGCAAGUGUUACACAUGCUUUGUACAUUAAAAGUUGAAAGGGGUUUUACAUUUUCCAUUAAAAAGACUUUCUCAAACA